AUGAAGGUUAGCAUAGCGACACAUGAGUAGUUAGGUUCGCAGGCUUGCAGGUGAUGUAAACAAAUCAUGGCUGAGGAAGGCACGCAAUCUUUCCGUAAUGCCGGCGGCCCCCACGGCCUGGGUGACCCCGAGGACAGAACACUGAGGAAGGUGGAGAGAGAAGUGUGUAUUCCAAAGAUGAUGAGAGACAUUGCCAGACAGGAGAAAUGCACAGCUGAGGUGGAGGAAUUCACCAAUUGUUGCAAGGACUCGGGCCUGGCAAUGGUGGUGUACUGCCGUCAACAAAAUUCAACACUCAAAAGCUGCCUAACUAAAUGGUACCAGGAUGAGGAGUUUAAGAAGAGGUGUACAGAGGAGUUUCUAGCAGAGAGAAGCGAAUUCCGCAGGACAGGACUAACCAAGAAAGCAAGACACGCACUGGAGGAGGAAGCAAAAGGGUGACAAAUACACACACCCUAGUUCCUUGUAAUAUUGUCACUAUCACCCUGCCACCCUACACAGCCACACCCUGCUGCCCUCCUGCCUCACCUGCUCCUGAUAUCAUUGUUGUUAGCUGGAAUCUACCUGUCUAUCUAUCUAUCUAUUGGUCUAUCUGUAUUCUAGGCAGGUAAUCCCACACAGGCUGGCCCAGACAAGGCUUACACACACACACACACACACACUUAACCCAAUCAGCCCCCUAGUGGACCACCCUUCUACACCACAGCAAGGCCUCACAACACACACUGGUUCACCUCUGCCCCUCAUAAUCAGUUCCCUAUUCUGCACCUCCUCUAAUCCUGAGACCACAUUAAGGCUGCCCCCCCCCCCCCCCCAACACAUUUAAAACUCUACAUCAGUGUCUCAAAGCGUAACAAGACUGGUAAUAAGGAAAAUGAUAAUGGUAUAAAGAUAGUUUGUAUAUAUUGAUGUCCAAGAAUCUAUAGGCAGGUCAAGACUUAGGCUGUGUUGUCAGGUAGGGUUAAAUUAGAGAUUUAUUAAAGAGUUGUGUAUAUUAUGUUUGUUUUGUACGUUGAGUGCUUGUGAUGAUAAAGUAUUUUGACGUGAA